AUGGACGCUGUGGACAUUCUGGGCGCUGCCCCUCGUUCGGAAUUCAAGCCUAGAACUCGACCGCCUGCUAAGGACGAUGGCGUGAAGGCACUGAAAGGAUUGAGUCGAGAAGUCUACCAACUCACGGGGGUCAGUCCUGUUCCCCACCAAGUUCCUAGCCACCCAGUCCCGUCGUUCGGCAAGAAGAGAAGUGCGAUACUGAAGAAAGUUCAAUGGGAGUUCCAGAGUUUCACGAAUUCAGCACGAACCGAUGGGCUGGAGCUAAAGCAUUGGCAGAAAAAAGGGGUGAAAUGGGAUGAAUACCCGUUUGCAAAGUUCAAUAAGAAAGUGCAACUCCUCCUGUACAGCGAUGAAGAGUAUGAAACAUUAUUACAUGUUGACGACUGGACAAGGCAGCAAAGCGACGAAUUGAUGAAGUUGGCGGAAAGGUUUCACUUGAAUUUCAUCUUGGUUCAAGACAGAUGGGAGGGGGACAUCACUAUUGAGAUUCUCAAAGACAGAUUCUAUUUCAUUCAAAGGAAGUUGACUGAGGCAAGGAACAUAGCUGUCUCUGAAGGGGAGGAAAACGUGUUGAUAACAAAGCCAUACAAUCGCCAUCACGAGGAACAACGUAAGAAACUUUUUGAAGAGUCACUAUCAAGGAGUGCCAAUGAAGAAAAGCUAGAACAAGAGACUCUGGACAAAGCCAGAAAGAUCGAGAACAUGAUGCGAAAGAAGAAGCAAUCACAAAAGGGGAAGAUUGUAUCUGACACUUUCGAGCAAAUUGUCUCUCCUCCGCCAGGGGGUGUCUUGUUAAGGAGCAACAUGAUACUUCCAAAGACCCAAGUCAACCAGAAAUACUCCGAAACCCUGAAAGGUAUCGGUUUCGACCUUCCGACAGCUUCCCACAGGUACACGAAGAAUUCGGUGCCUGCAUCCAAGGGCAAGGGGAAGCGUUUCAAUGACAGUCCUGCCGGGAGUGAUGGAGAAGUAAGGCUAAAGAAGAGCAGAAAGGGCUGA